CUAUUGACAACUGUCGUUACUUGUUACUUUUCGUACGGUUGGUCGUCAGCCGAAUUUUCUCUGGAUUGGCUGGUGGUGAAAACAUGCACGGUAAUCCCCGCCCCCAUCUACAGGCCAUUGUGUUAUUAGACAAGUACUGCCGGCAGGACUUAAUUGAGGUCGUGUGCCAUCGUGUACAUCAAUCAGCUGUAUGUGGUGUGCGCUGACUUGACCCUGCAUGUACGCUGCACAGCACCAACAUGAGUGUAUUGGCUGGCUAAAAAGUCACUGAUUGUAGCUAUACGCUAAAAUCAGAAGCCAGACUUUGAAAUGGAGAUGGCUGCUCAGAACGACGACGAACCCACCAUUUCCAGUGCCAGUCACUGACCAUCCAUGGCCUUAUUUAAAAGAAAUGUUUACCUUUGUUGGCAUGCAAAACGACUCAAGAUGAAGUGUCUGCUUUGUUUGCCACGACCCAGGGAAAUAAAUGCCAUAAAAUUUGAGGGAGCACAAAGAGACUCACAUGCCCCAGCGACUGGGGGGAGGCCUGAAUCUGCAUUCUCACAUGCUCACAGUGCGCUGUGCCAUCUGAGACAUUCUAAACCAUGCCGGGACAGAACUGAGCCAUUUCGAGCCAUGCUGGGACAGAACUGAGCCAUUCCAUGCCAUGCUGGGACAGAACUGAGCCAUUCCAAGCCAUGCUGGGACAACUGGCCAUGUGGGUGGCCUGUCUUCGGUGUGGGCGCUCGGAGCGGGCAUAAUCUGCAACAGGAUUCCUGGGUUAGCGCCCCGGCAGCGCACCAUCUGCCAGAGCCGGCCGGACGCCAUCGUGGUGAUGGCACAGGGGGUGCAGAUGGGCAUUAAAGAGUGCCAGUUCCAGUUUAGGAACGGGCGGUGGAACUGCUCUGCUCUCGGACAGAGAACCGUCUUUGGAAAAGAACUGAAAGUGGGCAGUAAGGAGGCGGCGUUCUCCUACGCCGUCAUCACAGCAGGCGUGGCCCAUGCCCUCACUGCGGCCUGCACGCAGGGCAGCCUCAGCAGCUGUGGCUGCGAUCAGGAGAAGCAGGGUCAGUACUCCCCGCUGGACGGCUGGAGGUGGGGGGGCUGCUCUGCAGACAUCCACUACGGCCUGGGCUUCUCCAAAGUCUUCAUGGACGCCAGAGAGGUCAAACAGAACGCCAGGACCCUGAUGAAUCUGCACAACAAUGAGGUGGGACGCAAGGUCCUGGAGAAGAACAUGCGCCUGGAGUGCAAGUGCCAUGGCGUGUCGGGAUCCUGCACCACCCGGACCUGCUGGACCACGCUGCCCAAGUUCCGGCAGCUGGGCUUCCUCCUGAAGGAGAAGUACAUCCAGGCAGUGCAGGUGGAGGCGGUGAGGGCGCGCCGGACCAGGCGGCCCACGUUCCUGAAGAUCAGGAGGCCGCACUCCUACAGGAAGCCCUCGGCCACGGACUUGGUUUACAUCGAGAAAUCACCCAACUACUGCGAGGAGGACUGGAGGACAGGCAGUGUAGGCACUCAGGGGCGGGUCUGCAACAGGACGGCCCAGCAGACCAACAGCUGUGACCUCAUGUGCUGUGGGCGGGGUUACAACACGCACCAGUACUCCCACGUGUGGCAGUGCAACUGCAAGUUCCUGUGGUGCUCCUAUGUCAGGUGUAACACCUGCAGUGAGAGGACAGAGGUGCACACCUGUAAAUGACUUUAGGGAACUCUUCACAAACUGGCGGGCUCAUUUGCUCAUGUGGAUGGAAGGGAGAAUGGGCAUGAACCCAGUCGACUCUGCAGCAGAGCCUCGCAUCCCCUCAGGGGCACUGUCCCUAUCACAGGGCCUGCAGUACUGCCAAUACUGACACAGCGUGUACAGCACAAACACAGUGUGUAGACCACAGACACAGCGCAUACAGUACAGACACAGUGUGUAGACCACAGACACAGCGCAUACAUCACAGACACAGUGUGUAGAGCACAGACACAGCGCAUAUAUCACAGACACAGUGAAUGCAGCAUAAACACAAUGGUUACAGCACAGUGAUCCAGCACAUACACUCGAGCAGAAACAUUGGUAUAGGAGAGAUUGCUAUAUAUAUAUAUAUAUAUAUAUAUAUAUAUAUAUAUAUAUAUUUAUAUAUGUAUGUAUGCUAUGUUUAUAUAUACAGACUCAGUCAUGGGACGAAAAUGAAUUGUGCUUUUGGCAUAAUUAGUGGUGUAACGUAGUUAUUUAAUUUUAUUGAAAGUAAUUUAUUUGAACCAACUGUCGAUUUGUUUUGUGAUGGCACCGUUGUAGCUUUGCUUGCAGAAUAUUUUGAUUGAUUGUUGUGAAUGCAGAUGAAAUACAAAUACACAUAUAUGAAAAGAAACAAAACACCUUGGAAUAAUAUACUCUGUUUAACUACAAAUCACAGCAAAAAGUAUGUGGUAAUGGAUUAGGUUGUGCUCAGAAUAUAAAAGAAGUGAUACCCAGAUUCACUCAAAGGGCUAAAUAUGUGUCCCUGAGGACAGGAACUCAAAGGGCUAUAUAUGUGUCCCUGGGGACAGGAACUCAAAGGGCUAAAUAUGUGUCCCUGGGGACAGCUGGUUAGGUUUCAUCGUACUUUCUUGUACAGGCAAACCCUACUAAGGGCAACCCUGUGCAAUGCUGAUUGCUGACCCUAACCCUAAUCCUUCCUCCAAUGGAAUGCAUUCCUUGUACAAAACGCAUCCUGGAUGUCUUUGGACUGUGGGAGGAAACCAAAGACCUUCGUGCUGUGAGGCAACAGUGCUGUCCCAGAUGCAACCGGUUUUUGAACAAGGAGAGCACCCAUUCAGUCAAAAGGUUAACUCUCAUUUUUAUUGUUCUCAGAAAUUCUGAGACACCUAACAUGAAUGUGAUUUUCUAUUCAGUGUAGACUAUUAGAGAGUAUUAAAAAUUAUAAACCCUAGACAGACUGGAAGGGUUUCAUUCUCCUGAAUUUGAGCCCUAGAACAGGAGUACGCCCGGCAGAUCCACAGGGGUUCAUCAAUUUUAUUUGUAUAGCGCUUUUAGCAAAGCAGCUUUACAGAGAACCGGCCCCCAAAGAGUAAGCCUACGGCAAC